AUGCCGACUCUGGUCAAUUAUAAUCAAUCAACCUUCAAAGAUCAUGCAAAGCCCAACAAACGCCGCCUGCAGGAACUCCAACACUCUGAAGCUCGAGCGCACGCCGCCCGGGUGGCAUAUUGGCGCAAGAAAGCCAUUCCGUUAGCCAAACCGGGGGAUUCGCCGCACAGAGGAAGCGACAAAAGCAGUGAUGGCGGGUCCUCAUCUAAGGACCCGGUCGAUGCUGGAGCGAUCGUCAAACGGGAGCCGGAGAAAUCUGAUGAGAAUUUCAAAUGGAUCUAUGGCCCAUCCCCAGAUUCGGUUCUUACUAGCGGGCCCGUGCCCACUGCAGACAUCGAUCUCAAGUCGGAGCAGAAAUCCACACCAACCGCACAGUCCGGCUCAGUUCCAGACUCUACACAGGGAAAUCAGAAGUGGCGGCGUCGGUCAGGAACAGCCUCAACGAAUGAUUCCAAACGAGGAGUACUUGACGGAGUGCCCACCAAUGGUGCCAGACUUGCCCGACAGCCGACUUCGCAGUUAUUUGACCCCUUUGACUCUGUACCAGUCCGUCAGGGCGACGAAGUUGUCGCAGCCAUGGAUCACUAUAUCCACAACUGGGCACCCUCACAACGGCCUGGCCUCAGAUACCAGACAAAGGACAACCCUCUAAUCCGGGACACGUUCCCGUUUGCCCUACAGAAUGUAGAGCUGUUCGAAGCAACUGUGGCGCUUUGCCUCAGUUUCAGGGCAGCGGGUCAAAACUUCCAGACAAGGAUGUGUAACUGGUCACUCCAGCACAAGGGCCAAGCGCUUAAUGGCAUUCGGAACAAGUUGAACUCGGGGUGUGUUGACGAGGCCGUUAUUCUUGCAACAGUCUUCCUCAUGAUUAUUGAUAACGUGUUUUUGGAUGUCGAUGCCUACGAAGCACACUUGAAUGGUCUCAGGAAGAUGGUCAAGGCAGCUGCCCCAAGCAUUCUGAACGCAUUCGGUGGUUCUUUAUGGUCCUUCGUAUCCUGGGCUGAAUCCAACGCUUUGCUUAUAUUCGGCAACCGCAUCGCCCUACAGGACCCUGCAUCUGAUGGAAUUCGGUUACAAUACCCGAGCCAACCGUUUUCACCAACAAUAACUAAAAUCAUUGACGCACUGCCCAUGGGAUUCCAAUUUGUGGCCGGGGAUGGUCACUUGUCCUAUGAUACAAUUACCACUCUCGCAAACACCGAUCGUUGGACCAAGCUCAUCGAUCGAGAAGCAGGAUCUGAUGUCCUAUCGGAGGAUGAUCAAGCCUUCCUGGUGAGCUUUGAUCCACGCCUCCAAAGUGCCCAAGUCAUGAGGCUCUGUCGGAUCUCGACAGCAGAGCAUAAAAUAGAAACGGCAAUCUGCAAGGCGGUAUUCAUCUACCAUGCAAACCUCUUGGGCUGGACUUGCCGUUGCUCAGGAUAUCGUCGCAUCGUCGAAGAGCUUGGAGACGUGCUGCGGUCCUGGGUCUUUGAGGAGACGUGGGACAGAGAGUUAUGGGAAUGGCUGGCUGUGGUCACAGCAAAUGCAGCACGUCGAGGACAGUUGCAUUCCUUACAGAUGGAGGUGAUGGCCAAACUGAUGACCCUGGGAGACCCAGCACUGGGGUGGGAUGGCGUACGAAGGCAGCUGAAGAAAUUCCUGUUACACAGCAAACUGGAACGCGAGUGGAAGUUGAGUUGGGAGACGGCCAUGAUUUCUCGGUCGGCAUGA